AUGGUUGAGGGUGAAUCAAGCAAUGCAAGGGAGAGAAGGCUUAAGAUGCAAGCCGAUUUGGAGAGGAUGACUCAAAGGAUGGAAGAGUCUGAUGCAGAGGAGUAUGUGUACUCUGAGGAAGAGUCUGAGAGCGAGAGAUUGAGGGAGGAAAGGAGGACCAAGAAGAGGAAUGACCCCAUUAGUAGUGAGAGUGAGCAAGGAGAGUUUGAGAUUGGAGUGAACCUUGUUCAAGAGGAGGGGAAAUGGCUCUCCAAAUGUGGAGCUAGUUCUCAAGAACAUGCACUUGGCCAAGCUUUCUCUUAUCACAUGGAAUCCUACAAGGAGCUCACUUGCGAGUUCUUGGCUUCAAUGAGGUCUUUUGGAGCAUUCUGGAGCAUAUGGGACGAGAGGAGCAUGGAGGACUUGGCACAUGGACGCAGCUCAACUGGAUACGCAAAGGAAGAAGGAGGAAGCCAUCUUGAAGACCAGCUCGACCACCUACUCGACCAACCGGUCGAGUUCCUCAACUCGACCGGCCAAGCUUCAACUCGAUCGAGCUGA